UUUUAGCGGAAACGAAAAGAAACAUCGCAGGAAAUAAUUGACAAUAGCUGGGACAGUGUAGGAAGCCGACCUGCUUGCUAAAUAGUGGAAAAAGUAAACACAACGUGACACAAAAAUGUCACGAAAUCAUUCAAAGUUCAUAUUUGUACGUUCACUACUACUUGCCAAUGGUUUAUUUACCGCAAACUGCGACCUGUCCUGGAUAAAUAACUUUAGGAAUGACGCUUACAACCCUCCCGAUGACAGUCAUGGUAAUGUGGGCAACGCCUUCUUCGCGCUGCGAAGCUGCCACCAGGUGAUGCGCGGCAAGAGCGGCGAGUUCUUCUCCCCAGACUACCUGUGCUCCAACCCACCUCUCUGGUGCAACUGGACCAUCCAGGUAGACCCUGGUAAACGUGUGCUCCUCCACCUAGAGGACUUCACCCAGUCAGACGCAUGCAGCGGGAAGCUGGACCAGAUCCACCUGGACGAGCCCCUGGGGGUCGCGGGGGGUCACAGGAUCCUGGAGAAGUGUUGGCGUGAGGCCAAGUACAUAUCCCUCUCCAACAUCCUCCACGUGGUUCAGCUGAUCAGAGGAAAACCCAGUCCACCCCACAGGGGCUUCUAUGGGCGAUACGAGGCGUUCGUACCGCCAGUCACGUACAAUGCUUAUGGUGAUACCACCGAAGAAGACUGGAAGCUGAUGACUGAACCAAAACUGAUAGAACUGGAACCCUUUCCCUCUCUGGGAAGUUUCACCAAGUUUCUUCCCAUGAAGAGGGGUGAACCUAUGGAGGCCAUUUUACUGGAGAGCCCCACCCCGCCAGCUCAGACCAACCCGGAGGUGGUGUUUGACUAUUUUGACCAACUCACUUCCUCCUCUGUGUUCAAUGAGCUUCCACCAUGGGAAGCAGAGGAGCAAAUGGUCAGAGAGGGGCUCUUCAAGUCUUCUCCUGUUCAGAGAGAGGAGGAAGAUUGGGACAGAGGAAUCUCAGAGGGGACUGAAGCAGACGAGAGCCACCUGACAAAGGAAGACUGGAAAGUGGGUAACUUGAGUGGAGAUGUGGUGGACCGUGAGUCCCAUCUGCCCUUGACUCCCACUCCCCGCAUGGUGGUCACUCGUCAUGGGACGUCAGGGAGGGAUGCCACUCAGACCCACACAGCACACCUUGGAAGUGACGCCUCCACACACCAGCCCCCUGUUUUGAAUCCCAAAUCCUCGCCACGCACUCCGUCUGCUAUGCGAAGGAACGUGGAUGCUCAAACUACAGAUUCCAUUCCUCCUACAGAGUUUAACAUUGUGUCACACACAACAGAGGUGGAUGACCAAGGUGAGGAGUCUGGCAAUGAGGAAUUGCUGAAAAUGACUCUGGGUGGGUCUACAGCAUCCAGUGACACUCAUACACCCACUGAUACCCAGGAUCCCUUCAACCAUCUCCCAAACAUGGUUGAACCGUUUUUCGACAGCAGAGAUUAUGAGAAAGCCAGAAAUCACACCGAAGUAUCACACUUACCAGAAGACUACCUAUUUGAAGUGGCUGUUGAAGUCAACUUCCUUGUGACGCCAGAGGAGAAUUGGGACCAUCUUGUGAGAUCACUGUUGAUCUCUGUGAAGUCUCUGGUUAAUGAGCAGUUGGAAAUUGUCCACAAACCCAAAACCCUAUCCUCCAAAAGAAUAAAAAGGUUGAGUGCAGGAGUGCUUUAUAUCCUCUGGCUGCAUAUUGGGGGUGGGCCAGAAGGGGUGAAGAUUCACAGGACCCUGCACCCGGCCCUGCAGGAGCUGUUGGAGAUGGUGGUUAGCCCCAGGGACAGCUCAACACAGGGUGUCAUCGUCUCUGUAUCCACCGCUGAUGUGAAUGAGUGUGUGACUCAGCUGGUGCUGUGUGACAUCAACGCUGAGUGUGUGAACCGCUUUGGUUCCUACUCAUGCCGAUGCCACUCCGGGUUCAAGGAUAUGUCUAGGCUGGGCUCAGGUGGAACCAUUUGCGUGGACACCAAGGCCGCUGAUACGGACCGGCACAACGAGUCGACGAUUACGGUGGAUCAGCAUAGUCCUGAGCAGCAGCAGCGUAACACUGGCUGUACUUCAGUGUGGUCCAGCGGGAUGGUCAAAGGCAUCUACGUGGUGUGCUUCCUGCUCAGCUUCCUCAUCCUGCUGCUCCUCGGUACCGUGGGCGUGCUGUAUCACCGCCACCACCGGGGGGCCUUCCUGGUCCACUGUCGGAGCAGCAGCCACGGGAGCGUCCCCCCCAUCCCCCCUCCUGACUACAAAAACGACGGCAACGACAACACUUCCAUCCGCACCAACUCGGAGCUGCCCCCUCCGCUCCCACCCAUACGGCGCCCUAAGGAGGGCUGGGCUCGCCCUAAGGAAGGCUGGGCUCACCCCAAGGACUGCUGCCCCUCGGUGGACCUGCCCCUGCUGCGCUUCAGCCCCCUGCUGCCUCUUGAUGGGUACAUGGAGCCAGGGGAGGGUGUCCAGCUUUGAAGAGAAGAUUGCUCUGUGGUUGUCCUGAAUGUGCAAUGAGAGCAUUGAGACCCCGUUCUGGGCAGGUUGACUUCACUGUUUCCUAAGUUCAUUAUUUUUCUGUUUAUCUUUGCCUUUUCUUUAUUUUGAUGAAAUAUCUUGACUGUUAUUACUUUUUGUAUUACAUUGUCUUUGUGUGUAGUUUUGAUGUGCUACUUGAUAUAUUCUUUGGAUCAUUGUAUAUAGUAUAUUUAACAGAGUAACUUCAAUUAAAUAA